UGUCAAUAAAAAGUUAUCUGUUCUGUCAUUUGUCAUAAGUUGGAAUGGAAUGACAUUUGACUUUAUCCUUUAUUGAAUUCCCGCGUUAAUUUUUAUUAAAUGACCGAAUCACAUACCAAAUAAUGAUAUUUAAUAAACCUAUUGGGCAAUAAAUAUUAAAAGUAACGGAGUAGGAUAUAGAAGUGCUGUUUGUUUUAUUAAUAUGCGAUAGUCCAAUCUUGCAAACAUGAACGCAAAAGAAAGGCAAAAAAUGUACAAAGAAACACAAUCCUCAAUAACAAAAAUGUUGGAGAAAGGUAAAAUUGUGGAUAGGAAAUUAAUAGAAAAUCAACUCACACUAAUAAAUAAGGAUGUCCGAUCGAAUGAUGAGUCUCUUAAAAAUAGUGCAUUGGCUAUGAUGGAAUUCUUGGUGAAUAUCAAUUGUGAACAUAUUCAGACUGAAAUCAUAAAAGAAUUGAACGACAAUGCAGAUAAUAAGUUUAUUCAAUCCCUUUUUAUGAAGUCCAUCAGGCACAAGAUAUCUGAGAAUAUUGGCAAAUGCCAGGAUUUUUGUGAAAUUAUCCAGCCUUGGCAGGACCAAGAUCCUACAAUGCUGAUCAAUAUUUUGCAAGAAGUAUGCUUGAAUAUUGUACCUAGGGAAAAAUGUAAAUCCUUUUUUAUGAACCAAGUAAUACCACCACUGAUGUCAACCAAUACUAAUGAAAAUGUAAGGAACAUCCUUUCCGAAAUGGCCUUUAUGCUAUCUAGUGUAAUUCCUAUAGCAGAUUUAACUUCUGAAGAACUUGCACUCUUUCUUGAAGAAGUCAGUAACAAGUAA